AUGGCAGCCUCCAAAGAUUUGCAACAACAAACCACUUCUACUGACGAAGACGACGAAGAAAAAGGAGUGAGUGAAAAAGUUCAAGAGAUCCUCGACAAGUCGAAAGGAGCAGUGAACUGGCUAUUUAACGAUCAGCAGCUGUCAGAUGCUGACCUGAAACUGAUUGCAGAUGAAUUAAAAACAGAUCAGAAGUGUGAACGACUUGAUUUACAACGAUGUAAUUUAUAUCCGGCCGAUGCUUCUGAGUUAGCUGAAAUGUUAAAAGUGAAUAAAACUCUGAAACAACUUUGGCUCAGUCACAACUAUAUUCAGGAUAAAGGUUUCCUUGCAAUAUGUGAAGCACUCAGAGAAGGUGGAAAUAAGAGUUUGGAAACACUUGAUCUUACAGGAAAUCAUAUCAAGGGCAAAAAAGUGGGAAUAAUCGAAGAAAUGAUUCAGACAAAUCUUUCACUUACACAUUUGUAUCUCUGGGGAAAUCCAAUAACAGAAGAAAAUCGAGAAAGACUAAGGAAUGCAGGUGAAGAACGAACACCGAAGUUGUAUAUGCAGUGA